CACAUGAUUUCGGAACAUUCGAGUGGAGAGCGUUCGGAUACAGAAUCAACAUUAAUAUCUCAGAAACAUAGCAGAGCACCCUUAUCUCCCUGCCCCUCUCUCUGUCUCUCCCUCCUCAAAUUCAACAACAUUCAAGUCUGCAAAUUUUCAUUCUAGUUUGCAGAUUCCAACCCACCCCAACAUUCUUCUGUUGGGGGAAGAAAAUGCAAGUGUCAGCAUGCAAUUUGUGGUCUCCGGGAGUGCCACCUCAGGCUCACAGAAGCACUGUUCUCAGCCGCCGGAAGAUCUGCUUUGAUGGCCUAUCCUGUGUGUGCCGCUCUCACUCCCAACACUUCCCAAACGACACCGUUUCCUCCCAACCCAUCUCCAUUUCAAGGCCAGUUCAAGAUGAAUCACAGGAUUUUGAAGCAAUGCUGAGUAAAGAAAUUAUGUCCCCGACACGACGUGUGUUAAUUGCGAGCUUGACUAUGUUUUCCUGUUUCCAAUCUUCAAGGUACUUGUCAGCCUUAGCAUUGGGAGAUCCAUCAGUGACACUUGAACAAGUGACUCCUCCUGUGUUUCCUUCUGGGCCACUCUUUCCUGCAGAGGAUCGAGUUGUUCAACUAUUUGAAAGGAACACGUACUCUGUUGUUAACAUCUUCGAUGUCACAUUGCGUCCUCAACUUAAUGUGACAGGUGUGGUUGAGAUUCCUGAAGGAAAUGGUUCUGGAGUAGUCUGGGAUGACGAGGGCCACAUUGUGACAAAUUAUCAUGUAAUUGGCAAUGCCCUUUCAAGAAACCCAAGCUCUGGUCAGGUUGUUGCACGAGUUAAUAUUCUAGCAUCAGAUGGGGUACAAAAGAAUUUUGAGGCUACAGUCGUUGGAGCUGACCGUUUAAAAGAUCUUGCUGUCUUGAAGGUAGAAGCCCCUGAAGAUAUUUUAAGGCCUAUCAAGGUGGGGCAGUCAUCGUCUCUAAAAGUUGGGCAGCAGUGUUUGGCAAUUGGAAAUCCGUUUGGCUUUGAUCACACCCUCACAGUUGGGGUUAUCAGUGGACUUAACCGAGACAUCUUUAGUCAAACCGGUGUCACAAUUGGUGGCGGUAUUCAAACUGAUGCAGCAAUAAAUCCCGGGAACAGUGGAGGUCCUCUCCUGAAUUCGAAAGGAAGCUUAAUUGGGAUUAAUACUGCAAUAUUUACUCAGACAGGAACAUCAGCUGGUGUUGGAUUUGCCAUCCCAUCUUCGACUGUACUUCGAAUUGUUCCUCAAUUGAUUCAAUAUGGAAAAGUUGUUAGAGGUGGUUUGAAUGUGGAUAUUGCUCCUGACUUAGUUGCCAAUCAACUUAAUGUUCGAAAUGGGGCUCUUAUUCUUCAGGUUCCUGCAAAUAGUCCUGCUGCCAAAGCUGGGCUAAUUCCCACGACAAGGGGCUUUGCCGGUAAUAUAGUCCUUGGAGAUAUCAUUGUUGCAGUUGACAAUAAACCUGUGAAGAGCAAAGCAGAAUUGUUGAAAGCAUUGGAUGACUAUAAUGUAGGAGAUAAAGUAAUCUUGCUCAUUCAGAGGGGUAGUGAAAAGUUGGAGGUGCCUAUGCUACUUGAGGAACAAAAAUCUUGAGAGUUGAGACGUUCUAAUAUGCACUGAUGAUAUAUUAUAAUCCACUCAUUAUGUUUGUAGAAAUGUAUUAUGCAUUAAACAAAAAAGAAAAGAAAUUAUAUUUGUGCAUAAAGUAUUCAUGUAGGGAAAGGAAUAAGUAUUUAUUAAAUGACCAUUUUCUUCCAAGUUUGAUAAAUCUUAAAGGGUUGAUGACGAA